GCAACCGUCUUCCUCAUCCAUGGCAUAAAGCCGCGCCCGGCGCCCGCGUCGCUCGGCUCCGUCCGCCUCCUCGCACCCCGCUCCAAUGGCAGGUACGGCUGUGACCCUGCCCUCCUCGGGCACGCCCUUCGCUGUCGCCACAACCGCUUCUUCUUCCUCCGCCCGGCGCUGCUUGCUCCUGCCCUCCUCGCCUCCUCGCCGAGCUCUCCGCGUCGUCGCCUCCGCCGCGACCGAGGCGCCACCCAAGGCCACGCCGCCGCCGACCUCGCCCUCCGGCAUCGUGCUCGUAGACCCAUCCGAGGCCCAGAGGGUGCACAGGCUCAAGGCCGUCUACGACCAGAAGGUCGUCCCGCUCAUCACCGAGGAGUUCGGCUACACCAAUGUCCACCAGGUUCCCAAGAUCGAGAAGAUUGUGGUGAACUGCGGGCUGGGUGCGGAUGCAGGGAACUCCAAGGGGCUGGAGGCCGCCAUGAAGGACCUCGCCAUGAUCACCGGGCAGUGGCCCGUCAAGACCAAGGCCAGGAAAUCCGUGGCCAGCUUCAAGAUCCGUGAGGGAAACACCAUCGGUAUCGCAGUCACCCUCCGUGGCAGGAUAAUGUACAACUUCCUGGAUAGGCUCAUCAACCUUGGGCUCCCUAGGACCAUGGACUUCCUGGGUGUCAACCCCAACAGCUUCGACGGGCAUGGCAACUACAGCAUGGGCCUCCGUGAUCAGGGUGUGUUCCCGGAGAUCCCAUACGAGGUGGGCGGGAAGAAGAAUGGCAUGGACGUGUCCAUUGUCACCAGCGCCAAGACGGACAACGAGGCCUUAAGGCUGCUCACCCUCCUCGGCAUGCCUUUCUCGGAGAACAUCAAGUCGGACGUGGUGAUCCGGAAGAAGAGGUUGAAGCGCCACCACUUCUUGAGCAAGGGCAAGGGCAAGGGAGGAAGACGGUGAGGAGAGGAACUAACCAACAACCCAUGGUUGCACACACUCUGCUCAGCUUGUUAAUUGCGAUCUUUUUUGCGGAAUUUGGCUUACAAAUUCGGUGUUGUUGUUGUUGUCUGUCAAUUAUGUAACUUGUGUACUUAAAAGGACAGAAGAUGGAAAAGGUUUUGCUUUGGUAAUGUGCGUUUUGCUGAUUUUUCUUCUUGAUGCAUAAUUUGUAGUCGCGGGUACACCACUGCUAAACGUUGUAAGUAAUUGGAAGAAGCAGGAAUAUGAAAUAGAUUUGGCAGACGUA